GCGGCUCCCACGCGGGCCCCUCGCAGGAGGGGGAGGGGGCGGAGCGGGUCCGGGUUCCCAGGCGCGCAGCCACCUCGUCCUCGGGUUCCGGCCGAGCGUCCCGCCGCGGCUCCCGCGCGAGGAAGAUGCUGCGGGUCCCGGCCGUGCUGUGCGUGUGCGCCGCCGCCUGGUGCAGUCAGGCUCUGGCCGCCGCGGGGAUCGCGGGCGGGGGGCGCUCGGACGGCGGCAAUUUCCUGGAUGACCAGCAGUGGCUCAGCACCGUCUCGCAGUACGACAAGGAAGCCGGGCGCUGGAACAAAUUCCGAGACGAAGUAGAGGAUGAUUAUUUCCGAACUUGGAGUCCGGGAAAAUCCUUCGAUCAGGAUCCAGCUAAAGAUCCAUGCUUAAAGAUGAAAUGCAGUCGUCAUAAAGUUUGCAUUGCUCAAGAUUCUCAGACAGCAGUCUGCAUUAGUCACCGGAGGCUUACACACAGGAUGAAAGAAGCAGGAGUAGGCCAUAGGCAGUGGAGGGGUUCCAUAUCAUCCACCUGCAAGCAGUGCCCACUGGGCUAUCCCAGCCCUGUUUGUGGUUCAGAUGGUCAUACCUACUCUUUUCAGUGCAAACUAGAGUAUCAGGCAUGUGUCUUAGGAAAACAGAUCUCAGUCAAAUGUGAAGGACAUUGCCCCUGUCCUUCAGAUAAACCCACCAGUACAAGCAGAAAUGCUAAGAGAGCAUGCAGUGACCUGGAGUUCAGAGAAGUGGCAAACAGAUUGCGGGACUGGUUCAAGGCCCUUCAUGAAAGUGGGAGUCAGAACAAGAAGACAAAAACAUUGCUGAGGCCUGAGCGAAGCAGAUUUGAUACCAGUAUCUUGCCAAUUUGCAAGGACUCACUUGGCUGGAUGUUUAACAGACUUGAUACAAACUAUGACCUGCUAUUGGACCAGUCAGAGCUCAGAAGCAUUUACCUUGAUAAGAAUGAACAGUGUACUAAGGCAUUCUUCAACUCUUGUGACACAUACAAGGACAGUUUAAUAUCUAACAAUGAAUGGUGCUACUGCUUCCAAAGACAGCAAGACCCACCUUGCCAGACGGAGCUCAGCAAUAUUCAGAAGCGGCAAGGGGUGAAGAAGCUCCUAGGACAGUAUAUCCCCCUGUGUGAUGAAGAUGGUUAUUACAAGCCAACACAAUGCCAUGGCAGUGUCGGGCAGUGCUGGUGUGUUGACAGAUAUGGAAAUGAAGUCAUGGGAUCCAGAAUAAACGGUGUUGCAGAUUGUGCAAUCGAUUUUGAGAUCUCUGGAGAUUUUGCUAGUGGAGAUUUUCAUGAAUGGACUGAUGAUGAGGAUGAUGACGAUAUUAUGAAUGAUGAAGAUGAAAUUGAAGAUGAUGAUGAAGAUGAAGGGGAUGAUGAUGAUGGUGGUGAUGACCAUGAUGGAUACAUUUGAUUGAUGACAGCUGAAAUCUAUAAAUUCUACAUUUCUAAUAUUUAUGAAAGUAAUAGCCUAUUUAAAAUUAUCUUCUUGCCCCAUAACAAAAUAAUUCUAAACCUUACAUAUAUUUUGUAUAAUUAUUUGAAAAAUUACAGCUAAAGUUGUAGAACUUUAUGUUUAAGUAAUAAUCAUUUGCUUUGAGUUUUCAUAUUCCUUAUAUAAAAAGAAAAUACAUAUGCAGUCUAGCCAGACAAAAUAAAGUUUUGAAGUUAUUACCAUAAAUUUUUCAUGAGACCAAACUUUGUAAAUCUUCCAUAAGCAAAAUGACGACCAGUGCUUGGGAUCAUAGUGUUCAUUUUUUGAAAGAUAAUUCUAAGAGAAAUUUAAAACAAAUAACUUAUUAAUGACCUGGAUCCUGAGGAUUUAAGAAAAAUAUGCAUGACUUUAAUUGCAGUUCCAAAGUAGCAUCUUGCUAGACCUAGAUGAGUUAAGAUAACAGAGAGAUACCACAUGGCAAGAAAAACAAAGUGACAAUUGUAGAGCUCUCCGUGUGUUUAAAUUAAUAAUGGUAUUUUUAACUCUGAUAUUGUUCUGGCUCUAACAGGACAUUUUACAAAAUGGCAAGUAUGGAAAAACCAUGGAUUCUGAAAGUUAAAAAUUUAGUUGUUCUUUCCAAUGUGUAUUUUAAUUUGGAUGGCAGUCUCAUGCAGAUUUUUAAAAAUAUUAUUUGAUAACAUGAUUUGUUUGCCUGUCUAGAUUUCUUUAUCUUUCUAGCCAGCAACUUAGGGUGCAGAAUUUAAAUUAGGAAGACAAAGGGAAAGAUUCAUUUAAACCAUAUUUUCACAAAGUUUGUUAUUUGCCCCAAGGUCAAAUUUUAAAUUCUUAAUUUUCAUUUUAUUUCCCAUUUUAGAUAAAAAUUUGCAUUUAAUCUUAGAAUUAUGUAUUUUUUGUUAGUCGUGCUGAAACUUAGAGAACGUAUUGUAUGGUGCCUUGCAAAAAUAGAAAUAGAAAGAUUUUAGCAUGCAUACCAAUAUAGUGUAUUAGGCAAUAUAUAAGCACACCUAAUUAACAGAUUAAUAUCAGUAAAGGUACUGUUGCUGGAAUGAAGAAAAAUGGGAUAUGUUUCUUUUUUUUUUCUAUUGUUACAUAAUUGCCAUGUGGACUUGUUUAUGAUUAUUGUGUAAAGUAGCAUUUAACAUUUAACUGUAGCAAAAAUUACUUUAACCACUGUAUUUAAGUUAGCAUGUUAAUUACUUGUGUAGACAUUUGGCACACAAUAACUUAAGUAUAUCAGACCAAUGGUUUUGUGCCCAUAAUAAAAAUGGAAAAACCUGCUGAAUGUUA